GUGUGAAAUAAACAAACUUUUUUUUUUUUAAAUUUCCACAAAUAACUUCUAGUAACGCCUUUGACUGACACAGUCGUACAGUAAAAAAAAAACCAACAAAACCGUUUUGUUUGACACCGAUGAUGUAUUUUUCCUUCGAAGCCCUAUCCUUGUGUCCCAAACACAGGCGCUGUGAUGUCACUGCUGGCGCUGAACCAGCUGAGAGACACAUUAACGCUUUCCUCGAAUGAAGAUCCUGCGAUAUGUUCACUGAUCAUAUCAAUGGCAUCGUAUGGAUUGCAUCGAUAUUGACUGAAAGUUGUUAAGCAAGUUGCCAGCUAUACCGAAAACUGUACAAAACACCGGGGCAAGAAAAUGCUACGAAAGGAGACAUCUUGCUGCUACCAAGAGUUUAAUGAUGAUGAUUGUGUACGAGGAGCACAAUCCUGCCAGCACAAAGGAGAUGCUGCCCAGGAUGAAGAUGAAGCCAACUGUGACGUCUUACCAGAUGUGGAUGUUAUGGACAACAGUCCACACUCUACUGCCUUCAACAAAACUUGUUUGAAAAAUGUCUUCACGGUCAUUCUUGUUCUCAUCUACCUUAUGUUAACAACAGUGGCCGUAUUUUUGGCCUAUCAAACUAUUUCUGACUUCUUGGAGAAGCUCAAUCAUCCUGUAAUGUCUGUGUCAUUCAAAGAGGUUGAGGAGUUCGCUCCCCCAGGAAUUGCACUGUACCCAGGGAAAGCUCGGUUAUUAAGCUGUCGGCACCACUACCACGAUCAUAUCCCUCCUCGUUUAUUGGCAGGACAGAAGGACGACGGUGACUGUGUAAUAAAGGAAGUUAUUUAUAAUGACCCAUACACAAACCAUACGAAACAAGCCCUGGUGGUUGAAGGUCCAACAGAUGUCAGGAACCGAGAGCUCAUAUUUCUACAAUUCAGUCAGAAUGAAACCGAAGAGGACUUCAGUGCCAUCAGUUACAUGCUGUUUGCCCAGUUCAGUGAUAUGCUUCAAAGCUCAGAUAAAGCUGAAUUCAUGAGGGAGUGUGAAAAAAACUACUCGAUGUGGACUUUCUCUGGUGGCUUUCGGACCUGGGUCAAAAUGUCUUUAGUUCGGACAUCUGGGAAAGCAAACGAAUCUGUCGAAUUCAGGCAAGAGUCUAGUGUGGUGAAGUACAAUGACAGGAGGCCUCCACAAGAGCAAACGGAUGAGCUUUUCUUUAUUGUGUUUCAAUGGCGAGAUCCAUUUAUACAACAAGUCAAAGAUAUUGUCACAGCAAAUCCAUGGAACACCAUAGCCAUUCUUUGUGGGGUCUUGAUGGCUCUUUUCAAAGCUGCUAACUUUGCCAAGUUGAGCAUAAAGUGGAUGAUCAAAAUUCGCAAAAGACACUUAAGAGCCAAAAUCAGGGAAAUGAACCAAAUCAGUUGACUGACAAUCAAGUGUUGGCCACUGUCCAACAUUCAGUACUCACUGUCAACAUUUUCAAUGUUCACAAAAAGAGAUUUUAAUGUGAAAGAGAAAUUUUUAUUUUUAUAACUAAUUUCAACACAACCAUGAAAUCUUAUUUUUAUUGAAUCAGUAUUUUAUUACCUGACAUUCCAGAAUGACUACUGACAUUAUUUUGAAUAAGUACUGGAUGAAAGUAUAUCAAACUGGCUUUGACGAUGUAGAGAGUCUUCUACGGUUUUUCUCUUUCUCCAGUCUUUUCUUAGAAAUAUUAAUAGUAGAUGCUGCGUCAUCCUAUUUCAAUGGUCUGUGCAGGAAAUCCAACAUGGAUUUAGGGCUUGAUCUCGGAAAGCAAAGAAUCUGUUUUGUGUGUGUGUUGUUAUGUUUCACUGUUCACUGUUAUUUGUGACCAAAUCCGGUUGUAACAUAUUUUGAAAAGUGCUAUGAGAGCUGCUUGAUUUUAGAUCAGAAUGAAAGACUAAUUGAAUUCUCAUGGAUUAUGUUUUGGUCAAAUUCUGCUAUUUCUGACUGUUAAUUUUAAAACAGCAAACAUUGUUUGGCUGAUAUAUGUUUUGAAAAUAAUAUUGUAUUGUGACCUACAAUAUAUACCCGUUAAAUUUUU